AUGGCGGAGCCUGGCCGCUCCUUCCCCGCCUUCCCCUACCCGCCCUACAGCAUCCAGCUGGACUUCAUGGAUGCCCUGUAUUCAGCGCUGGAGCAGGGCGGGGUGGGCCUGUUCGAGAGCCCUACAGGCACCGGCAAGACGCUCAGCCUGAUCUGCAGCAGCCUGCAGUGGCUGCAAGACCAGCGGCGACGCGAGGCGGCGGCGGCGGCGGCGGCGGCGGCCAAGGGCACGCACGGCAGCCCGGGGCGAGCAGGAGGAGGCAGCAAGGGUCCAGAGACCGGUGAUGCUGGCGAGGAGGAGGGCGACGAUGCCCCUGACUGGAUGCGCGACUUUGGGCAGCAGCAGGAGCGGGAGCGGCAGCGCGUGCUGCAGGACCGCCAGCGGCGGCGCAUCGCACAGGCCAAGGCGCAGCUGCUGGGAGGGAAGAAAGCAGGGCGCCGUGGCGGCGCCCGGGGCGCGGGGGCAGCUUCGGCAGCUGCUUCGGAUGAUCCCGAGGCCGAGUUUCUGGUGGAAGAGUGGCAGUCUGAUGGGGAGGACUCUGCGGCAGGCGGCGGCGGCGGCAAGAAGCGCAGCCCAGGCACCGCUGGCCUGGGCCUCGGCAUCAGCAGCGGCAGCGAGGGCGGCAGCGACGGCGAGGGCCUGCUGGGGGAGGUGGAGGAUGUGGAGAUCAUCUUUGCCAGCCGCACCCACUCCCAGCUCAGCCAGUUUGUGGGAGAGCUGCACCGCACCGCCUUCGCCGGGGAGAUGUCGCUGGUGGCGCUGGGCUCGCGCAAGGCCCUUUGCAUCAACGAUGCCGUGCUGUGGCUGCAGUCCGCCUCGCUCAUCAACGAACGCUGCCUGGAGCUGCAGAAGGCCGGCGGCGGCGCCAGCGGCGGCAGCAAGAAGGCAGCUGUGGCAGGGCCGGCGGGCGUGGGCGGCGCCGACGCCGUGGGCCCCGCCCAGCGCCGCGCCAAGCCAGGCGCCGGUGGCAGCGGGCGGUGCCCCUUCCUGGCCAGCGGCACGGCGGCGGCGGCCACCACCCGAGACAUGAUCCUGGCUCAGCCCAUUGACAUUGAGGAGCUUGCCAAGCUGGGCCGCCGCAAGUCUGUAUGCCCAUACUACUCUGCGCGGCGGGCGGCGGCGGAGGCGGACAUCGUGCUGGCGCCCUACAGCUGCCUGCUGGUGCGGGAGACGCGGGAGGCGUUGGGGCUGCGCCUGGAGGGCAACGUGGUGAUCGUGGAUGAGGGGCACAACCUGGUGGACGCCAUCAACUCAAGCCAUUCUGCUGAGCUGGCGGCGGGCGCGGCGGCGACAGCUCAGCGCCAGCUGGCAGCCUACUUCCAGCGCUUCCAGUCCCGCCUGGCGCCCGCCAACUGCCGCCACAUCCAGACGCUGGCGCGGGUGGCGCAGGUGCUGAGCCGGGCCGCCAGCGGCGCGAUGCAGCUGGCGCCGGCGUGCGGCGGCGGUACCGGCGCGGGGCCCGCGGCAGGUGGUACCGGCACGGUACUGACCGUCAACGACUUCCUGCUUCGCACCGGCCUGGACAACCUGAACCUCUUCAAGCUGGUCAGCUACGUGCGGGAGAGCAAGGCGGUCUUCAAGAUUGCAGGCUACUGGCAGGCGCAGCAGAAGCGGGAGGCGGCGGCCGCGGCCGGGGCCGCCACCGGAACCGCAACAGCAGCAGCGGCAGCUAGAGCUGGCAGCCAGGCGUCGGCGGCCGCGGCGGCUGCGCCGCCCGCAGAGGCAGCUGCUGGCACCGGGGCGCUGCAUGCGUUGCUCGGCUUCCUGCAGGCUCUCACCAAUGCCGAUGCUGAUGGGCGAAUCGUGGUGCAGCCACCAGCCCAGGCGCCACAGCAGCCGCACGGCGGCGGUGGCAGGAGCACAGCCCAUGGCAGCAGCGGUGGAGCAGCAGCGGCGGCGGCAGCAGCAGCAGGAGGAGGAGCAGGGGCAGGGGGAGCAGGGGAGGGCCUUCUGAAGUUCGUGCUGCUGAAUGCGGCGGCGCACUUUGGGCGCGUCGUGUCUGCUGCGCACGCUGUGGUCCUCGCCUCUGGCACCCUGUCCCCCCUCGAGUCUGUGCUGCACCUCUUCCCGGGGGUUCCGCCCGAGCGCCUGCACCGCUUUGCCUGCGGGCACGUGGUGGGCAAGGAGAGGCUGCUGGCGCUGGCGGUGGGCGUGGGACCCUCAGGGGCGCCGCUUGACUUCCGCAACGCCUCUCGAGGCGCCGCCGCCACGCUGGACGAGCUGGGGCGCCUGGUGCUCAACGCCUGCCAGGUGGUGCCGGGCGGGGUGGUGCUCUUCUUCCCUUCCUUCUCCUAUGCUGACCAAGUGCAUGCCAGGUGGCAGCACAGCGGGCUGCUGCGCCAGCUGGCGGCACGCAAGCGCGUCUUCCGGGAGCCCCGCACAGCUGGCGAGGUGGAGGCGUGCCUGCAGCAGUACGCAGACUGUAUCGCCGCCGCCGCUGCUGCCGGCGGCGGCGGCAGUGGCGGCGGCGGGGUGACCGGGGCGGUCAUGCUGUGUGUGGUGGGCGGCAAGCUGGCUGAGGGCAUCAACUUUGGGGAUGCGCUGGGCAGGUGCGUCAUCAUGGUGGGCCUCCCCUACCCCAACCCAUCCGACCCAGAGCUGCAAGAGCGCAUGCGCUUCAUGGACCGAGCCGCCGCGGCCGCCGCCGCCGCUGCUGCUGCUGCUCCAGCGCGCCCGGCGGCAGCAGCUGGCGCACGGCGAGGGCCUGGAGCGGCGGCGCCCAGCCAGCCUCUCCGGCGGCAGCAGCAGCAGCAGCAGGUGCAGGGGCAGCAGGGGCACCAGCACCAGCAGCUGGGGGCGUGUGAGGACGGGCGGGCCUAUUACUCAAACCUGUGCAUGAAGGCCGUCAACCAGUGCAUCGGCCGCGUGAUACGCCACCGAGGCGACUGGGCCGCCGUGCUGCUGGUUGAUGCCAGGUGGGCUGCGGCGGCGGAUGCAUGCGGCCAGCCUAGCCCGCUGGCCAAGCUGCCGAGCUGGAUCCAGCAGUCGGCGCAGGUCAGCCGCAGCUUUGGCGAUGCGUUUGGCCGCCUGGCGCGGUUCAGCAAGGCCAUGGCGGCGGCCGGCUAG